CAAUUUAACAGCAAUGUAGAUUUAAAACCGUGCGGUGGAACGCUCCUCGAUUGGCCAAUCACAAACCUAGAACUUGCGCAAGUAGGGGGGCGCUCCGGCGACUCGACGGCGCUUUAGUCGACGAUGUGAGGCUUACAUUCCCACCGAUGAAGCGAGACAGUUGCGACGUGCAUCACGUCCAUCUCUCAGAUACACCUGAUUAAUCAACAAAGAACAGCGGACACCUCAAGACUUAUUAUCACUUUCCUUUAACCUUCAUCCAUGCGAUUCUUCAGGCUUACCUUCAAGUGCUUUGUCGACUGCUUCUGAGUCCCACGUUUCCAACGUCUGUCUGCGACGCAUUGAAAAUAACCCAUAUUGGAUUGUAACCUGACAGAUUCUGAAAUAUAGCCGACGAUCAAUUUAUACCCUAUCCUAAGACGACAGUUACCACCCAGAGAAAACGUUAGCCAACCUAAAACUGAAGAACUGAAAAACGCGUCAGUUUCUGAGACGCUAACAAUCAUUCCAUUCAUUAAAUCAUUGGACUAAACGUUAGCCCUACGCUAUUUAAUCAGCGCAACAUGUCGCCUGAAGUGGGGGAGCAAAUACCAAGGGAUGUUGGGUUCUCCAAGGUAGAGGGGAUGGAGAUGGGUGCUGAUGAGGAUGAGGAGGGGGAGCUCGGCCACCCAUUGGUCACCGGGCUGGGCUUAUGCGCCAGCGAUGCAUGUGACAAUGGCCCGGGGACGGCGGCGGUGGCGAUCCCUGUCCACUCCAUGUGCACAUGCGGAGGCGGAGGUGGCGUGUGCGUCUGUGAGGGCCCAGGUUGCCCUCUGGCUCAGGCGGACCGGCAGACAUGGAGCAGACAGAUGGACUUCAUCAUGUCCUGCGUGGGAUUCGCCGUCGGCCUCGGCAACGUCUGGAGGUUCCCCUACCUCUGCUACAAGAACGGAGGAGGUGUGUUCCUGAUCCCAUAUGCUCUGAUGGUGUUUGUCGGGGGUAUUCCUGUGUUCUUCCUGGAGAUCGCCCUGGGCCAGUUCAUGAAGCAGGGAGGUGUCUCGGCCUGGAACAUCGCCCCUCUCUUUAAAGGGCUGGGCUUGGCCUCCAUGGUCAUUGUGUUCUUCUGCAACACCUACUACAUCAUGAUCCUGGUGUGGGGACUCUACUUCCUGCUGCACUCGUUCACCUCGCCGCUGCCCUGGGCCUCGUGCGGCCACCCCUGGAACACGCCCAACUGCACGCAGGACUUCCGUCGCGCCUGCUACAACCACACGCUGGCCCUGCUCAACUCCUCUUCCUCCUUCUCAGUCUCGUCCACUUCCUCUUCUCCGUCCUCCCUUCCUGUGUCCUCCGCAGCAAACAUCACCGCCCUAGGGGUCGGGAAUGGGAGCUGUGUAGAGAUGGAGGGCAUGCGUUCGCCCGUCAUGGAAUUCUGGGAACGGAAUGUGCUGCGUCUGUCACGGGGGCUGGAUGAUGUGGGUGACAUCAGUGGUCACAUGGUGCUUUGUCUGAUUGCCACAUGGGUCAUCGUCUACUUCUGUAUCUGGAAGGGUGUGAAAUCCACUGGCAAGGUGGUUUAUUUCACAGCGCUGUUUCCCUACCUGGUGCUUGUAGUCUUGUUUGUGCAUGGUGUGUCUUUGCCUGGAGCUGUGGAUGGGAUUGUAUACUACCUGAAACCAGACUGGAGCAAACUGACUGAAGCACAGGUAUGGAUUGAUGCUGGAACCCAAAUCUUCUUCUCAUAUGCUAUUGGACUUGGAGCCCUCACUGCUUUGGGUAGCUACAAUCGCUUCAACAACAACUGCUACCAGGAUGCCUUUGUCCUGGCCCUCAUUAACAGUGGGACCAGCUUCUUUGCGGGGUUCGUGGUGUUUUCUGUGCUGGGCUUCAUGGCUGCAGAGCAGGGAGUGGAUAUCAGCCGUGUAGCCGAGAGCGGUCCUGGCCUUGCGUUUAUCGCCUACCCUAAAGCGGUGACUCUGAUGCCACUGGCUCCGCUGUGGGCCGUGCUCUUCUUCUUCAUGCUCCUGGUGCUAGGACUGGACAGCCAGUUUGUUGGGGUGGAGGGUUUCAUCACUGGUCUGAUGGACAUGCUGCCUCCUAAGUCAAUGCUGGGACGCCUGCGGCGUGAGGUCAUCGUAGCGAUAUGCUGCGCCAUCUGCUUCGUCAUCGACCUCUCCAUGGUGACGCAGGGAGGGAUGUAUGUGUUCCAGCUGUUUGACUACUACUCGGCCAGUGGGAUGACCCUGCUGUGGCAGGCCUUCUGGGAGUGCGUGGUUGUGGCCUGGGUCUACGGAGCUGAUCGUUUCAUGGAUGACGUGGCGCGGAUGAUUGGCUAUCAUCCUCUGCCCUACAUGAAGUGGUGCUGGUCGUACUUCACACCCAUAGUGUGCAUGACAAUUUUCAUGUUCCACGUGGUGAACUACAAGCGGCUGGUGUAUAACGGGGUGUAUACGUAUCCCUGGUGGGGCGAGGCCAUAGGCUGGGGUCUGGCUCUGUCCUCCAUGCUCUGCAUUCCUCUCACCGUCCUCUACAAACUGCUCCACUGCAAAGGCUCUCUCCCAGAGCGUUGGCAACACUUGACAACGCCCAUCUGGGGGCGUCAUCACCUGGAGUUCCUCCCACCUGAAAACGAGACCAAACUACUGCCCAACUCAGAGCAGAGCAAAAACACACUCCUGUAUGAGACUGUCAUUUAACACUAACACACACACACACUCACCUAUGUCCAUGGUCCGAUCCUGAUGAGGUCUCCAAGACUACCACACACCACUCUUGACUUGUGCUUGAGUGAGGAUAUGUCCAGUGUCCAACUACCCACACACACACACGCGCGCACACACACACACACAAAAAAAUAUCCCAUCGUAUUGCCACUUAUCUGUUGUCCAUUUACAAGAGCAUAAAUAUCCAUCCCUGAGGGAUGAGACUGAAGCUUCUCUCCAUCUCAGUAUUGCAUUAGUGUUACUCUUCUUCCAAACAUCUCUCUCGCUCGCUCUCUCUCUCUCUCUCUCCACUCUUUUCACUGCCAUCCAUAAAGACACUGUAAACAGAACAGUUACUAUUCUAUCAUCUCCUUUAAUUCAACCAAAAAGAAAGCAUACAGCAGUCAAAACGGUGACCAAAGCCCUGCCCAUGCCCGUUGGUUGGUGGGUUGGACUGUGGGUUUUCUGGUAAGGUCCAUGUGAGCUGUGUGUGUCCGGUGUUGUGUUGUGUGUGUCCGUAUCAGUAUUGAUCCCAUGUGGUCCCACUGUGUUGUGAUCAGCCUGGGAGGGGGCCAGCAGGCUGAGUCAUACAAAAGUCAUUAAAUGAUUUCAUGGAUUUGG